GCGUGUCGUGCUUCCUGCCUUGGCGAGGGAGGGGACGGUGCUGACGGCUGGGAGGACGAAAGGAAAGACAAGAAAGCCUUUGGGAAGAUAUAAGAGAGUGGGGAACGGCCCGGGUUUCCACCGCCCGUCGGGAAAUAAGCACCACAGUUUUCUGUAGCUGUUGGAUUUGUCAUCGAAUCGGCGCUGAAAAUGUCGGCCAGUCGUCAGCAUAGCGAGAGCAGGGCCAUCCCGACCAGGACGGUGUUGAUCAACGACACAACGCAGCUACCUCAUGAUUAUUGCACCACCCCUGGAGGCACUUUAUUCUCUACCACUCCCGGAGGAACCCGGAUCAUCUAUGACCGUAAGUUCCUACUGGACAGGCGCAAUUCUCCCAUUGCCCAGACUCCCCCAGCCCACCUGCCUGUCAUCCCUGGUGUGACCAGCCAAAAUGUCCUGAGAGAGAACCAGAAGAAUGAAGCCAACAACCACAUCAACAACCAUGAUGGCAAGCCCGCAAACGGUGAUGAUGCUCAGUUUGAGAUGGACAUCUAACAGACUGGAACCUUACCAGCAAAAGCAAAUGACCUGGCAUCACCCGUGCCAGUGGCUUGGCUUGUAGAAACCAAUGUUGUGAGCCCUCAUGGCAGCCAUCUUCUUUAGCUCUCUGUCUCGCUGCUGGAUGUAAUGUGUGUAAACCAUGGGGAUUCAGUGUAUCAUACAUACAGGUACAGUGUGGCCAACUCUGGAAACUAGGUUUAUUUGUAUAGAUUUCCAUGUUUACCAGUCGCUGUGCAAAUAAACAACCCCACAGCGAGGGUGGAGGCCGGAAUAUUAUGUACCCAGACACAUUGUCCAGUUAGUAGAUUGCAGUGCUCAUCUUACAGCUUUCUGUGAGUCAGGAUCCUUAACGGAGCACACUGUAAAACGGAUAAUAUUCCAAGUUAAUUGGGGAGGAAGUGGUAAUUUUCAGUACUGGCCUUAGAAUCAGUCAAAAGCUUUGAUAUUCAUCACAGUCUUUGGUUUUAAAGACCCUCGAAAGCAUGUUAUUUAAGUGAAUUUUAUUUCUUUAUGGAACUACUUGAAAAGCUCCACAAUCUGUUAUCGGCUGUUUGGCCUAUUUUAAUUUCCCGUGAUGGUAUGCAAAGGGAUGCUGUGCUUUUAAUUUGUAAUGAGGUGAAGAUUUUCAUGCCAUUCCAAGUUUCCAUUACCAACACAGGCCUGUGUGAGUUUCCACUUUUCAGGGAAAAAACAUUUUUUUAAUGAAAUUCAGGCCAUUAUUUCAUUGUUUUGUAAUGAUCAAAUGAUUGUUUUUCCCACUGUUACAUAAAUUAUAAAUCUGGCAACUGAAAACAAGCAUUUAAUUUAAAAUUAAAUUUCAGCAUAGUGUGACAACAUCACUUGAUUCAUCAACAUCGUGACCUUGCUAUCAAUGUAUUUACACAUCUCUCUCCUGCCAAGACUAAUGGAGUCCAGAUUUUAUGGCUACUUUGACUCAGCUGGUUUGUUGUGUUGGCAAGAGCUUUGUGUUCAGAAUUGAAUCGGUCUAAGAAAGGAGGCCAUACGUAGCUACAUCUGUCGGGUGUUUUUGAAUAACUAGACCAGAUAAACAUUUCCUGUAGAUUAAUGUGGAAGUGGUUAAAGGCAGAAUGAGUAGGAUUUGUUGGUUUGCAAACUAACAUUCAAAGAUGACCCCUCCUCCCAGCUCAACAACACUAGGGGCUGAACUAUAAAGCAAGUUGACAUCCAGCGAGUUUGCAUAUGUAACGUAUUCCGUUAGCUGAGAAUCAAUAUCACUCAUAGAAGAUGUCGUCAGGUACACAAUUAGUGGAGGGGUGGAACUUUUUAUAGCUGGUUUAAAUCCAAAACACUGAACAUAACCCCCUCCACAGCAGGUUACCUGUGCAGCAUAAGUUACCAUGGCAAUCUAGCCAGGUUAAAAGAGACACCUUUGUGACAUUAGAAACUUUACCUUUAGGCUCAACAUAUCUCACUAAGCCAUUAAUCUCGCUUCGUAGUACACCCUUCCUCCUGGAUGCUUGCUGAAGAUCUUGCAUUGUAGAGUCCUGCCCUCACACUCGGUGUGCUGUUAUUGGCUGGGAGUGUUGACGGCCAGAAAUGUCACAAACAGAGCAAAAUAUCAAACUAGAGGCAGGGGGCAGAGUCUCACACACCUGCACACACCUCAAGUGGGUUAUAAGUGAUGAUUUUAGGAAAAUCCUACUAAUUCUGUCUUUAACAUCUCAAUUAUAAUUUUUAGGUAAAAUACAAAAAAACUUGAAAUAAUCCAAUUUUUUUUAUAUGCAUUUUAUUUUUUAAAUACAGUUUCUUAGUAUUUGAGGGUAUUUGUUUGGGUACAAGCACUGUCAAGCCUUUGGAUUUGUUACAGUGUAAAGGUACCAAAAGGCUUUGUUUGUAUCAGGCUUGAUAGAUGCUGUCCCUUAAUUUACAAAUCUGUCCCCAGUGUCCUUAAUCCACUUUACAUUACCUUAUUCUUUUCAUGUGUCAUGUCUGCCCAUGCCUUACUUAACAUCAAAUGCAGUAAUGAACACUAGGUUCCCUGUCCUCAAUUUGUACUUUCCAACAGAGGUUUAUUUUUUCACUGUAACAUUGAACAGGUAACAUUGUACUUAGCAAUUGAGCAAAACAAAAACUUUUUAUGUUUUAUCUUUUUAUUUUUACAUAUAAUUUUCUUCCUGAAGCAGCUGUGAAGUUUGAAAAUGUGAUGGCGAACAUCUCAUUUUGGGAUUCUGAAGUUCAGAUGGAGAUGUGGUUAAAAGAGCACCACAUGCUAAUUUAGUCCAUUUUUAAAUUUUUUUGACACCACAAUCCUUGUCCUGUCUGCUAAUUGUACUUGACUGAAGUACAUCACCAUACCAUUAUGUUCAUACCAUAAGUUUGUUUCUCUGUAUGACUGGAACCACUGAAUGGCUGGAAUGAUGUCUAUCAAAGAUUUUCUUUUUUCUUUCUGGCUUUGUAAUUAAUUCUGGCCAUGUUUGAUGACACACACAACAAGAGGUUGCUUGAACCCAAUUUGCAUUGCACAUUUUUGGCGCUAAAACUCUUUAUAGUACGGCAUCAUAAUUCAGAUUGCAGAUUUAUUUCAAAUCGAUUUGGUUUGACAAUGAGGGCUUAACAUUGUGUGUUGAAGAAGACAAACUUACUGUAACGUUCUGUUCUGAUUUUAAACAACUUUAUUUUAAAUGAAACUCCAAUGCCAGUGGACACUGUUGCUGCAAGAUCAAUAAAGUUCUGUAAC